CGCGCGCUUCGGGGAGCAGGUAGCACGCCAGGUGCACGGCGGAACAUGGACUGUCUCCUGCUGGUCGUCUGGACUUUACCUGCCGCGAUUCUCAGCGGCAGCUCCAUGCAGUUCCCGACCUUCCUGUGGCUUGGAAACGCUGUAAAGACCCUUCAGCUGUGUUGCCUCUGUUGCAUGUCUCAUGCAGCAAGUUUAACCAGUGACAGCAUCAGUAGCAGUGAAUUAAACCAUGAUUAUGUCUUUGUGACACCCGUCAAAGUGGAUGCCAGUGGAUCAUACAUUUCACACAAUGUUUUGCACAGUACUAGGAAAAAGAGAUCAACUCACAGUUCAAGGAGUUCCUUGCACUACAAAUUUUCAGCAUUUGGACAGGAGCUUCACUUAGAACUUAAGCCUUCAACCAUUUUAAGCAACAGUUUUGUUGUCCAGGUACUUGGGAAAGAUGGAGUCUCAAAUUCUCAGGAACAUGAAAUUGAGCAGUGUUUCUACCAGGGAUUUAUAAGGAACGAUAGUACCUCGUCAGUAGCAAUAUCUACAUGUGUAGGCUUGUCAGGUUUGAUAAGGACACGGAAGAUCGAAUUCCUUAUAUCUCCAUUACCUCAGCAGCUGGCGCAGGAGCACAACUACACAUCACCUGCUGGGCACCAUCCUCAUGUCUUAUAUAAACGAACAGCUGAAGAAAAGGUGCACCGGUACACAGUACAGUCCAAUCCCAAAUCCUUUUCUCUUGGCCAUCAUAGAACUCACAUUUACCACAAGUAUCACGCGCAAGCGAAUGGUUACCAUCAUGGAAGGUUUCAAAAGCAACAUUUUUGUGGACGUCGCAAGAAAUAUGCACCUAAGCCACCCACAGAAGAGACAUAUAUUCGUUCAGAUGAAUAUGGGACUUCUGCUAGGUUCAGGAGAUCAUCUGCUAAAAUUCAGAAAAAUGGAAGUCUAAAUGUUGAAACUCUUGUUGUGGCAGAUAAAAAAAUGGUGGAGAAACAUGGCAAGGAAAAUGUAACAACAUAUAUUUUAACAGUUAUGAAUAUGGUUUCUAGUCUGUUUAAAGAUGGAACAAUUGGAAGUGACAUAAACAUUAUCGUUGUGAGCCUCCUCCUUUUGGAACAAGAGCCUGGUGGAUUACUGAUUAACCACCAUGCGGACCAGUCACUGAAUAGCUUUUGUCAAUGGCAAUCUGCUCUAGUUGGGAAGAAUGGAAAGCGCCACGACCAUGCCAUCUUGCUUACAGGUUUUGAUAUCUGCUCCUGGAAAAAUGAGCCCUGUGAUACUUUAGGAUUUGCACCUAUCAGUGGUAUGUGCAGCAAAUACCGUAGCUGUACCAUUAAUGAAGAUACAGGCCUUGGACUGGCUUUUACAAUUGCUCAUGAAUCUGGACACAACUUUGGUAUGAUUCAUGAUGGAGAAGGAAAUCCUUGUAGAAAAGCUGAGGGAAAUAUUAUGUCUCCCACACUCACAGGAAACAAUGGAGUGUUUUCUUGGUCUGUAUGCAGCAGGCAGUAUCUCAACAAAUUUCUCAGUACAGCUCAAGCUGCCUGCCUGAUUGAUGAACCUAAGCAAACUGGACAGUAUAAAUACCCUGACAAACUGCCAGGGCAGAUGUAUGAUGCUGACACCCAGUGCAAAUGGCAAUUUGGAAUAAGAGCAAAAGUGUGCAACCUCAGCUUUGUAAAGGAUAUUUGCAAAUCUCUCUGGUGCCAUAAAGUGGGUCACAGAUGUGAAACAAAAUUCAUGCCAGCAGCAGAAGGAACAGCUUGUGGUAUAAAUAUGUGGUGUCGAAGAGGACAGUGUGUCAAAUAUGGUGAUCAUGGACCCAAGCCUGUAAAUGGCCACUGGUCUGCCUGGUCUGAGUGGUCACAGUGUACUCGGACUUGUGGAAGUGGGGUCACAUAUCAAGAAAGACACUGCAACAAUCCAAAGCCACAGUAUGGUGGCAAAUUCUGCCAAGGUUCCAGUCGUAUUUAUGAACUUUGCAAUAAUCAGCCAUGUCCAGCAAAUAGUUUGGACUUCCGUGCCCAGCAGUGUGCAGAAUACAACAGCAAACCUUUCCGGGGAUGGUACUACAAAUGGAAACCAUAUACUAAAGUGGAAGAGGAAGAUAGGUGUAAAUUGUACUGCACAGCUGAAGACUUUGACUUCUUCUUUGCAAUGUCCAGCAAAGUGAAGGAUGGAACCUUGUGUUCUCCGAAUAAUUACGACGUUUGCAUUGAUGGAAUUUGUGAACAAGUAGGGUGUGAUCAUGGACUUGGUUCCAAAGCUGUACUGGAUGCUUGUGGAGUUUGUAAAGGAGAUAAUUCAACAUGCAAGUUCUUUAAAGGCCAAUACUUGAUCCAGCACAAAGCUAAUGACUACUAUGCUGUGGUCACUGUCCCAGCAGGAGCACGCAGCAUUCACCUCCAUGAAAUGCAGAUCUCCACCAGCUACCUCGCAGUGCGCAACCUCAGUAAAAAGUAUUAUUUAACAGGAGACUGGACAAUUGACUGGCCAGGAAAGUUUCCUUUUGCUGGAACAGUUUUUGAUUAUCAGCGCUCAUUUAACCAUCCAGAGAGUCUAUAUGCAGCUGGACCAACUAAUGAGACGCUGGUCUUUGAAAUCCUGCUACAAGGCAAAAAUCCUGGGAUUGCUUGGGAAUACACAUUUUCCAAAAUGAACGAGAACAAGACAUCUGUCAAAAAGCACAGCCACUCCUGGGUGACAGUGCAGUCAGAGUGCUCAGCUACCUGUGGUGGGGGACACAUUACAGCAAAAGCAAUUUGUUUGGAAGAUCAUCGUACACGAGUUAAUUCCUCUUUUUGUGGUCCACGGAUGAAGCCUUUAAUUGAAACAAAACUAUGCAAUACUAAUCCUUGCCCAGCACACUGGUCAGCAGGUGAAUGGAGUGCAUGCAGCAAAUCUUGUGGAGGAGGGCAACAAAGUCGUCUCAUCCAGUGUGUCCAGAAAAAGGCUUUCCAAAGGGAGGAGGUAGUGGCCCAUUCCCUGUGUCCUGUUAGCACCCCUACACAAGUGCAGAUAUGCAAUAGUCAAGAAUGCCCACCUGAAUGGAGCCCUGGACAAUGGUCUCAGUGCUCCAAGACUUGUGGGAGAGGUGUUAAGAAGCGGGAUGUCUACUGCACAAGUACUAGUUCUCCCAAGCUUAAAAUCUUGCCUGAAAGUAUGUGCAGCCAAGACCAUAAACCUGAAUCCCAGCAGACCUGUGUGCUGGGACGCUGCCCCAAAAAUGACCGGCUCCAGUGGGUGAUUGCUUCCUGGAGUGAGUGCUCAGCCUCCUGUGGCCCAGGUGUACGCAAGCGAGAACUAAAAUGUGGUGAGAAAAGCAUCCAUGGGAAAUUAAUUACCUUUCCUCAGAGAAGAUGUAGAAACAUCAAGAAACCAAACAUAGACCUGGAAGAAGCUUGUAACAAUGGACCUUGUCCAUCCCAAACUUUGUAUAACAUGGUGUCUGGCUGGUAUUCCUCACCCUGGCAGCAGUGUACAGUAACAUGUGGUGGGGGAGUGCAAACCCGGAGCGUGCAGUGCCUACGCCAAGGGAGACCAGCCUCUGGGUGCCUGCCCCAUCAGAAACCAGCAAUCCUGAGAGCCUGCAAUACUAACUUUUGCCCAGCCCCUUCAAAAAGAGAUGAUCCUUCUUGCGUGGAUUUCUUCAGCUGGUGUCAUCUGGUACCCCAGCACGGUGUCUGUAACCACAAAUUCUAUGGCAAGCAAUGUUGUAAAUCAUGCACAAAGAAGAACUGAUAGCAGCAUGUUAUCUGAACCCUUCACUGGCAAAAUUUUCUUCUUCAAUUUAUGUUGAAAUUAACUUUGCUUUGAGCCAAUACAUGGUGCCAUGUAAACCACUGAUGGAAGAGACAUUUUUUUUAAGGGAAUGUCUGAGGUACAGUAAUUGUUGGAUAUAUAUUGAAAAAUGAAUGUUUUUUUUUUGUUUUUUUUUUUUUUUUUAUUAUUUGCUGACCUCACUAAAGUACAGGGUACUAUGGAUCACUUGAACACUCAGACUCAAGGGGCAGUUCUUUCCUUACAAGUGUCACUUUGCACUGUCACGUUAUGAGGAAGAAAAUCAGGCAAGGAUGCCUUUUGUGGCUAAUUUAGCAGAAUGCAAAGCAAAAGAGAUUGGGAUCUCAAGGAAUAAGGUUACAGCAUGGCAGCAUGACAGAUCACAGAAUCAGAAGUGUUUCCUUUUUUUAUCUUUUAUGAUAUUAUCGUCCCAGGGCAAGGAAGCUGUUUACUGCCAUUUUCACAGAAAGACUUUCAAAUGACUGUUUGGAGAACCCAGUGUCACAUGUGUGACCACAAGAAGUAAAUAGUGCACUACAAAGAUAUAUGGUGCUUCUCUGUUGUACUUGCUGCUGGAAAAGCAAGUUUUGCAUCAUGCUUAUGUUUUUGUUCUGAAGAAUUCAUUUUCUGCUUUGUCUAGAAACUCAGAGGUGGUUAACUAGUAACUUGAAAUGUAUUCCUAGAAAUAUUCAGUGUUAGAAUAUUUGGACUUUUAACAUUGCUGUGUUACAAGUAAAAUAGAAUUUCAUAUUUCAACUAACUCAAGGAACUCAGAUUUAUUGAGCUCAAUGUUAUGUUUUCAACUUUCUAAGCUCAUAAGAUAUGUAAAUUUAAAAUUUAAGCUUGAUAUAUUAAAGUAGAUUUUUUUCAGAAGCUAGGUUGUUUAAAUGCCAAGAUACUGAAGAAUGUCUUCCUUUUAAUCUCAAAUCUCUGCAAAUUUUGUUUCAUCAGUUGCCCAAAUGAAAGAACAGAAAUAUUAUAGUCCAUUAAUUCAUGCCGAACUUCUCUAAAUAGUUAUAUUUUCAUACAGGUGACAAGAAAAAAUUGCAAAUACUAAGCAGUCUAUUUUCUCUGACCAAAUAAAAAUCAUUUCUAUUUUUAUACACUCUCUUAAUACUUACAUUUAAUUCAGAAUCCACUGGCAAACAAAACAAAUGUAAACAAUAUUUGUCAUCAUUCCAUACCAAGAUGUUAUAUGACACUGUACAUCAAAUGGUACAGCUUAAAAAGUUUCUGAAUUUAAAAAAAUUCAACCCAGCAUAUUUGCCAAACCCGUUCUGAGACAGAGCUGUGUUCUACUGUAAUUUUCUGGGGAGUGGCUAUAAGGGACAUAUUUAUCUAAUUCCACCCAAUCCCACAACUUCUUUUGAUGAAUGUAGCUGCAUUUUACUGUUUUUUUUAAAGUAUCAAUUCAGCAUAAGAUUAGCCAGCUCAGCACUAAUGCCAGACAGUGGUCACUUAAAAUUAUCAGUUCCUUUUGCAACAAUUUAAAUUAAAAACAUGUAUUCUAUGAUACUGUAAGAAAUGAUGAUUGGAAACAUAUCUCAAUCUACACUGCUCUGUCUUGAUA